AGCUUUGCAGUUUUGCAGAGGUUCAGCUCUGCAUCUAUCGCUGAAGCAAGGGGUGAAAGGGUGGAGGGGGGAGGCGAAAAGGGGAAGGACUGCACUCCCUCUGAGCAUGCCCAGCCUCGGUUGCUUGACAUAUCACCUUGCGCUCCAACUGGCCAGUUCCUCCACGCCUUGACCCACGCUUAUUGUGCCAGACAGGGCGCACUCGGCAGUGCAGCCCCACAGGUGGCAUCGGCUCGGUGAAACGGUUCCCGCCAGGCUAGGCAGUGGAGCGCCGCACAGCGCGCCUUCCCGCCUCCCAGCCACCGCCCAAGCAGUUCCGAUCCAGCGCCAGCAGGCCUGCUCGGUCGAUCUUCGAGCCGAAGAUGCGGCGGGGUUGGAAGAUGGCUCUGUCUGGGGGGAUGCGGUGCUGCCGCCGGGUACUAUCCUGGGUGCCAGUGCUUGUUAUUGUCCUCGUCGUGCUCUGGUCCUACUAUGCCUACGUCUUUGAACUCUGCCUGGUUAUCUACCUCAUACUCUACCAUGCCAUCUUUGUGUUCUUUGCCUGGACAUACUGGAAGUCUAUCUUCACACUCCCACAGCAGCCAAACCAGAAGUUCCACUUGUCCUAUACAGACAAGGAGCGCUAUGAAAAUGAAGAGAGACCUGAGGUCCAGAAACAGAUGCUUGUUGAUAUGGCCAAGAAGCUACCAGUUUACACAAGAACCGGGAGUGGAGCUGUACGAUUCUGUGACCGGUGCCAUCUGAUCAAGCCAGAUCGUUGCCACCACUGCUCUGUCUGUGCCAUGUGUGUAUUAAAAAUGGAUCAUCACUGCCCUUGGGUUAAUAACUGCAUUGGAUUUUCCAACUACAAAUUCUUUCUUCAGUUCUUAGCUUAUUCUGUUCUAUACUGCCUGUACAUUGCUACAACAGUCUUCAGCUAUUUCAUCAAAUACUGGAGAGGGGAAUUGCCCAAUGUUCGCUCUAAGUUCCAUGUCCUUUUUCUUCUUUUUGUGGCCUGCAUGUUUUUUGUCAGCCUUGUGAUUCUCUUUGGUUACCAUUGUUGGCUUGUCGGCAGAAACAAAACCACCUUAGAGGCCUUCUGCACUCCAGUGUUUACAAGUGGCCCAGAGAAAAAUGGGUUCAACCUUGGCUUCAUCAAGAAUAUCCAGCAGGUGUUUGGAGAUAACAAGAAGUUAUGGUUAAUACCUAUUGGGUCCAGCCCUGGUGAUGGACACUCCUUUCCUAUGAGGUCUAUGAAUGAGUCGCAGAACCCACUGCUAGCAAAUGAAGAACCCUGGGAAGACAAUGAGGAUGACAACCGAGGUUACCCAGAAGGCUCAUCAUCUCUUGCUGUGGAAACGGAAACAUAGCAGUUUUCACAUUUCCUGCAUCUCUAAGACAGGACUCACCAUCUCCCAUGAGGUUUACCGAGUUCAAUAUUGAGAACCAUUCUAAUCUUCAAAAUAAGUCACCAUGUUGGAUUGAAAACUUCACAAUUUGAAAGCAUUCCAUCAAAUACUUGCUGGGCAAAUAUUUCAAAACUUUAUAUUAUUUAAAUUACUGACUGAACUCCAAUUUGGAAUUUGGUAACUGAUAAUUCAAGCUAGUUUUCCUCUCUUUCUUCAUUUCCCCUCCCCAAAUCCAUGAAAGACUAAAUGUUAAAUACAUACUUUUUUAUUCUUCUUAUCAGGAAAAGGGGAAUUCAGAAGACUUGCUUGGAGUAUUUAAUUCCCCUAGAAAGACUACUAGUUAUAUCUAUAGGAUCUUUUUUAUGUUGAGGGGAAUCAGACUACGUUUGCUGCCUGUGUGCAUAUGCAUUUUAUAAACAUGUACACGUGCAGCAUAUCUAUACAAUAUUCUGUUAUAGUGUUGUGAAAAUCAUGUUUUAAAAUCUGAGGUUUUUAUUUAAUCUUGUUUUUCUCGAAAUAGCAAUUUAAAUAUUUGCUGAGCUUUGAACUAUCCCUAUAUCAGGUAUCUAAAAUUUCAGAGGGUAACUUAGUACACUGUGACCAAGGUUUUCAAACUGGGAAUUGAGCAACAAUGUAAAACCUGUUCUCUGUCACAGAGGUUCCUGAAAGCACUACAGAUAGUCAAGAAGAUCAGAUCAGGACUUCUACUCUAUUAAACAUAACAAUUCAUGUUUUAAAGACUUUUAAUGCCAGGCUGUGGUACAAUUCUCCAAUCACUUUUAUUCAGUUAUCUGCUACCUAACUUUAUUUUAGCCCUUGUAAAUUACUUUCAUGAAGAAAGAAAAUCUGUAAGCCCAAGUUAUGGACUGUAGGUUUUGUUAAGGGUGUUUAGGGUGAUUUUCAGGUUUAAUUGCAAUACUGUUCAUAAGGGCAGAGUUUCACAGCUGACAUUAGCCUAAGGAUUAGCACUUAAGAUCUGUAUUUUCACAGUAGGGGUUAAUGUACAGAUAGUGAUAACUGAAUAGUAAUAUGCCAAUCCUUCCUUUUUUUUUAAGCUUCAGUGGUAACUCAGCCAUAAAGAUAACAUAUCCGUUUUCCCAUUUAUUUAUAAUCAGCCUUUCUUUCAGUCCUAGUGCCUGAAUCAAUGAGUAUGAAUACUAAUACGCCUUCUUUAUAAUAAUACCUACAAGUAUUCAUGUUUUUCAUUUUUCAACCAGUGCUCUAGCACCCAGCUACAGACAAUAAAAGCCCAAACUCUUACAAAAAUCAGUAGGAGCUAGGACCAUCUUACAGUUAUCAAGGAAUUUAGCUUCUAGAGGGAUGCUUAGGUUUACUAACUUAUCCCCCCUGAAAUUGUUUUAAGUAAAAAAGAAUUGCCUGCCACAAACAACUCAGGAUCGGAGAUAAGAAUGUGACUAAUUCAGCUGCUUAAAGCAACAAAAAAACCUGUUUAUUUGGAUCCUCUAGUAAUUUUGAUCAAGGUAUGAUUUUUAGUAUAAAUUAAAUGGAUUAUGGUCAGCAUUUCAUUUAGAGAAUACUAGACAUGACUAAAUUUAUUAGGACCAGGGUGGUUUCACAAACUCAGAAGCUAAAAAGCAACCUAGGAGACUAUGCACACUGAGUUUCACAAUAAAAUCUUAUAUGUUCCAAUGGAAAAAGUUUCCCCUUCCACCCUUUCUUCAAAAUACUCUCAUUUAGGUUUUUCUUGAAAGCUUAUUUGGCUAUCCACAUGGUCGUGUGAUGGACAAGUUUUACCUUCUAUUCAUAUAGAAUUGCAACUUUCUCUAAAUGUAGGGCCAUUAAGUAACUUACUGCACAGCCAGUAGGCUUCAUAGCAAUCUUCCUGUUUCCCAUCUAUCAUCUUCUGCCAAGUGUUUAGGCAGAGCAGCUGCUAACUAUGAUUCAAAGUCAGGAAGAUAUCAAAAAUUUCUUUGACACUUAGAGUGUAUCAGCACUCAGCUCCCACAGAAAUCAGAUCACAAAAGAUAGUACUAGUAAACUACAGGGAAGAACAGGAAGGGUAAAGCUCAGGAGAGCUAUAAUGCAAAACUGAUUGUUCAUUGUCUUACAGACUUACACUGUCUUCAAAAAGCAAAAUAA